GCUAUAAACCCCGCCUAUACCCAACCACCCAUUCGCUGGUGUGGCCAAUCAGCGAGCCGGAUUCUCCGAGCGGUGUGUGCUGGCGCCGAUGCCGCCCGAGGGCGCCCGAGCGCCCGCGUUCACAACAAAAAGUCACACGACUGGUUUAGUGUCGGGUAGCGUCCCAUCGACGCCACAUCACGUGUCGCGCUCAAUCGCGAGCUGCCGCGCAAGCGCAUAGAAAAUGAACUGUUUUUGUUAACCUCUCUUAGCCCGGUCUAACCCAACACCUAACUCUAAAUUUAACUAAUUAGUAUUAUUAAACUUGACCCAGUUGUGCCCUGUGAUACAAGAUAAUAUUAUUAUUUAUCUAAUAAAAUGGACCGAACGGAAUGGAGCUGAUGUUUUCAGUGUGUUAUUAUUGUCCAGUGAUUCUGAUAAGUGAUGAUAGUGAUCAACGGUUGAGUGAUAAUCAUCUGAUAAGAACACUUGAGAUUCGAUCAGUAUGAACUGGGCAAGGCUAAGUUAUUAGUGAAUAAACGAUGAGACUAACCUCUCUAUUGGUAUAAUUCAAACGCGUGAGACUGAAAUGCGGAUAGGGCAGUGGACUCAGAGUGUGUGUUUAUAAAAGCGAUGCAUGGUGUGUGAGAGGGGAGCGGACAUGGACAUGAGCGGAGAGGGCGGCGCGGGUGGCGGAGCGGCGGGCGCGCUGCAGCAGCGGUGGUACGAGAGCCGUGUGAACGGCAGCCCGGCCGCCGGCGACGCCACCGCGGACGCCAACGGCGAGGGCUUCUUCCACUCGCCGCUCGAGGGCGGACACCACAGCCGCGCCCGCUACUACCAUCAACAAAUGCACCCCUCCUAUUCGGCCGCCGUCAGCUCGCAUGGUCGAACGCUGGGCAGCGGUAGCGGUCAAGUAUGCCGGCCACACUUCCACACGCCGCUGCAUCCGUGGCUGGAGUCGAAGGCGCUUGGCAGCGGCGCGUGGGGCAGCGGCUUCCAGCAAGAUGCAGCGCCAAACGACAAGCCGUUGUCCCCCGCGCAGCACCAUCACCCCCACCCCCUCUUUUCAUUUCCUCCGACGCCGCCCAAAGACUCGACACCUGAUUCGGUGGCGGCGGCGGCUCUCGGCCAACAGGACUACCAAGCUGCUGUCGCUCAUGCGACAGCGAUGAGUGUCGCCUUCAUGCAGCAGCAGCAGGAACUGCCGUUGUGUGGAGACGUCAAGCCUAUGAUGGGUGCGCCACCGUCGAAGCAACGUGAAGGUGCGCAGCCGGAGUCGUGUCCCCAGGAGUCGAGCCAGCCCUCUGGGGAAUACAACGCCCAGUACAACGCCGCCGGCGGCGACUACUACGGCUACCAGGGGAAGGGGUUUAGUGGGGCGCAACAGCAGAGCAAGCCGCGGCCGAACAAGACGCGAACGAGUGCCGAGGGACGCGAGUGCGUGAACUGCGGCGCGACCAGCACCCCGCUCUGGCGGCGCGACGGCACCGGACACUACCUCUGCAAUGCCUGCGGCCUCUACUACAAGAUGAACGGACAGAAUCGACCUCUCAUCAAGCCUAAGCGAAGAUUGGUGAGUUCGCUGCAGAGUGCAGCACGACGGGCGGGUACCUCGUGCGCAAACUGCAAGACUACAACAACCACACUGUGGCGGAGAAACCAGAACGGAGAGCCCGUCUGCAACGCUUGUGGACUCUAUUACAAACUACAUAAUGUAAAUCGACCUUUAACAAUGAAGAAAGAAGGUAUACAAACUCGAAAUCGUAAGCUCAGCAGUAAGAGUAAGAAGAAAAAGGGUGGGAUGGGCAUUGGGGGAGGCGGCGCUUGCGCACUAGCGCUUGGUGGAGUCAUGGGUGACAUGAUCAAACCACUCGGAGACGCUACAAAAGGCUUCGGAGGCUCCGCUUUCCCAUCCGCUAUGGACUUCGGGCAACACCAAGUGGGUUUGGUGCACCCGGCUGCCGCCCAUAUGUCCCACUGGUACGGUGCACCUCAUCAGGGCUUCGCACCGCCGCCGGCCAGUCACAACCCCUACCACCACCACCACCUCGCGCAGCUCAACUCUAUGACUGGCUGGAGGAGUGAAUACACGUGAUAAGUAUACCAAACAAAAGAGCCUCCCGAUCGGGCAUAACUCAGACAUCGUCCCACUGCUGGACGAAAAGAAUUUACCUUAUAGAAAUCAGAGGCAACGCGAAAUGCUGUGAUUUCACACUUAGCUCACUUCAACAUACAAAAGUACGUCACGUACCACGUACUACACAUCACAUAAAUUAUAAGACUGUUCAACAGAAUUGAUGUUUGUAACCAUUUACAAACACGAUGCAGAUUGAAUUGAUGAACAUAUACCUUACAUAUCUGUCUCGAAAGUUGAAAUUGUUUUGUCUCAGCACGAACCGAGUGAAAAGAUUUUUGUAUUCCGAGAUCAGUUUCCUACAAGUAUUAAAAAUAAGAGUGUUUUACAAGUAACUAGCGAAAUUGUACAGUAUUAUAUUAUUAAUUAAGGUCGGUAACGAAGUUUAGAUGAUUUAUACAUAUAAGUAUAGUUCAAAAAACCUUUUUUUGUGUAUUUUGUACAUAUUAAGUUAUAUUCCGUUCCUGUAUAAAUUGUUUUACUGUAUUUAAUUUUGAAUAUUUCGAUUCGCUAUAGGGAUUGUGAUGUGUUCAGAGAGUUAUUGCAGAUUUUUUUUUGUAUAUUUUAUUUGCGUAGUUGAUAU